AUGAUCCGUAGAAAUAAGAUACGAGUCAGGUCCACUCCCAGUAUUCAAUCUCAACAAGAUACUGGGAGGUCACAGAGAAGCAAAGUGAAGAUUUCUUCUUCCUACGAUGAUCCUGAAGAGGAGGAAGACUUGGAAUUGGAGAUGAAGUUAAAGCACCGGAAAAAGAAGAAUCUAAACGAAUCAAUUAUAUCAUUACCUGAAUCUAAAGAAGAUAGAGGUAUUGAAGUAUCUUAUCGCAAGUCGGCAGCGGGCACUGCCAAUGUGGAAGAUGUUCGCCAAGAUGUUAGAAUUAUGAACAUGGACGAUUUUGAUGAUGGCCCAGAAAGCGAUUUAGAAGGAAUACCUUCGAAACAAGAUAUCGAGUCCAUUAAAAUGCAAAGAACUUUGAUGCAACAACGCGGUACAUCUUCCGGGACUGGAUUUUAUGCCAAUUCGAAAAAGAAAAGCGUCGAAUAUGAUGAAAGAAGCUAUGUAAAGCUUCUGAAUGACGAUGAUAAACAUGAACUGAUGGAAACACUAGGCAAGAAAGAAUCAACCGAAGAUGUAGAAGUGAAUGCUCUGGAAGCUUCCUUGCAUGAAUUCGACGACGAAAGGCUCGCCCUUAGUAAAGCGGAAAUUACUCAGAAAGAUGACAGAAGAAGAGAAGAAAUAGAAAAAGCUUUAAAUGAUAAGCAAAGUUCAGAAUGGGAAACACAUCAGCUGAACAAAGUGAGUAAUGUCGGUGUCAUAUCUUCGAUGCCAGACCUUGAUACUGACAUCUGGACAUUUGAUGAAAUGAUGAAAAACCUCAAUGAUUUAGUCAGCUCAACUCAAAGCAAGAAGACGGUUUUGAACGGUCAAAUUAAAGCAAUUUAUAAGGAAUGUGACGCUUUAGAGGGCCGAAAGCAAGAUCUUUUGAUGAGCCUGAAAAGUUUAGGAUCUUGA